AAAAAAAAAAUCUAUAUAAGUUUGCAACUUGUACACUAAAAUCGAUCUUGUGGAAUGGUUUGAUUGUUAAUUUGUGCAAGUAAAAAAUGAUGCAGGCAGAGGCAAUUGGAGCUGCAUGAAGUCGAUUCAUACAUGAGGAUAUGAAGAUGGAGUUUAUAUAUGACUACAUAUUCCAUUUAUUGAAUGAAUAUGGUAAGCUGUUGAAGUUUAAACCUAAUAUUCCUGAAAAGGCAACUGAAGUUUGUGCUGAAACCCUGGCGUGUUCUGCUACUGGAAACUCGAGAAAAUUCAUGGAAGAAUCUCUUGAGAAAUCUCCCAGUAGUAAUUCAACUUGCACUUUGCCUCCGCCCUAUGAUCCUGAGGCUGUCAAAGCUUUUAAUGACGAGAAAAAGAGAUUAAUCUUGGAAGUCGAGAGAUGGGAAGAUGAAUAUUGGGAAAGCAAAGCUAUGAAUCAAUGAGUUUUUCAUCAUUUACAUUAAACUAAUUCUUUUGUUCCCAAUAAAGUGAUGCGUUCCCAGCAGUUGCUAAAGCUUAAAGCGCAAAUAAUGU